AUGCAUCACGAUCAUAAGCUGGACACUCCAUUUAUUGCUAGUUCCCAAAGUUCAAACGAUUUUUCAAAUUCAAACAACUUGUUCUUUUGCGGUGGUCAAUCGAUGUUGCAAAUUGCCAAAUAUACCCAACUCACACCAGAGCGUUCGGAGAACUACUUUGCACCUCUCACUCCAAAGGUGUUAGAGCUAUGGAAAUACGAGCAGGAUGGGGACGAGUAUUGUGAGCUUGAAAUCCCAUUUGUGCUCGAACAUCCUCAAGACCUUAUUUGGUGGUCUAUUUUGAUAUUUCCGAGCAUUUCAAAGGUUUUUGGCGAUCAGGUUUGCAAUUACAUUUUGAAGUAUGUCAAGGAUGUCGAUGAAGGCACAUCCUACUUGAAUUCCUUACCUAUACAGCAAAGAAGAAGAAUAGUGUGCAACACAGAUAGCGUUUGCCGUGCAAUCACCUCUGAAGGUAUAAAAUGGGAUCUUCCCCUUAUGCACGGGGUUAAUGGAUUGGAUUCUUUCAAAAAGACGUUCGAAAGCGGGUCGAAGUUAACCGUGAAGAGUCUCAUAAGCUUGAUGAUUCGUUGGGAAGAACAGGAGAAAAAUUUGAAGGAUGCAGAUGUGCUUCCUAGUCACAUACUGGCAUUCUUACACACACAUCAAAUCGACGCUGAUUUCAAGGUUAUGAUGUAUAGAAGGCCAUAUUUACGAGGCGACUUCGAGUAUUAUGUUGGGCGAGAAUUUCACAGAAGGGGCAUCGAGAGGGUAGACAUCAAGUCUCUCUUUUGCGAUCGCUAUAAUGACAUGGCAGUCUACGACAAGGACAAGUAUUGGGACCAUAUUCUUGGACCAUCUAUAUCUGAAAAAGCUCGGAAUGAGGAACAAGGAUCGGUCAACAAGAGGCGUUUUAUAAAAUGUACUCGUUGCCAUAAAAAGGGACACUUUGUGAAAGACUGUUGGUUUAAUGAUACUAGAUCUAUUCAUGGUCAGAGAAAGCCAAUGGCGCCAAAAAAGGAAAAUGGCAGAGGGAGAGCUUAUCACAGAAACAAGCGGAUUCCCAACUGA